GCACAAAUUUUUUUAAUAUAAUAUAAUAAAAUUAAUAUUUUAUAUAUUAUUUUAAUAUUAUAAUUUAUUAUUAAAAAAAUAGCUGUAUGCCCCUGCCGUUGAUGAAACCGUGUGAAGUUGGGAGGUGAAAAAAUUUGAAGUAAACUUGGGCUGCAAAUUAAAAUAAGGAAGAAUUGGUUUUGGGGUUCUCAAAGUGACUGCAUUUAAAAAGGAACAAUUAGACUAGAUGUAAAAGGCCCAAAUAUUGGAUUUCUUUUGUUUUGCUUUGCAAUAGUAGAACAUUAAUUAAUUUGAAGUAAUAUUUUGCUUUUAGUACUUUGGUUAUUCCAAGUAUGUGUAAACGUAAAACAAUUCAUUAUUUGUCCUCCACAUUACUCCCUGAAUGAGAAAGGAUAUUAUAGUAUAAGUAUAGAGGCUAUAGUUAUAUCUAUAUCAUUUUGCAAAGCUACUAUCAUUUCUCUUUUUUUACCAAGUCAAUUAUUGUUGUGGCUUUAUUAUGCUUUUGUUUGUUGUCUUUAUCUUUAGGUGUUGUUGAAUUAUUUGUUGCAUCAAAGAAAACACUUUCCUUGAACUUUCUAUUCUGCACAAUAGUACACGUGCAUCAAAGAAAAUUCAAAUAUCAACUGGAAAAUAAGUCAAACAUUUAUCAUCUAAAUGUCUGAAUCAUAUUCAAAUCUAUAGUAGUGUCAUCAUAGUCCUUGCAAAGAAGAGGAGAAGUUAUUCAUGGGGAUCAGAUUUGGAUAUUUUGUGCUUCAACUCAUAUUUACUUGUUUCUUUACAUUCUCUUCAGCCAUUGACACCAUAAAUGCUAAUGAAUCUCUUGCCAACUCUGAAGCUCUGAUUUCCAAUGGAAACAGAUUCAAGUUGAGUUUUUUCAGCCCGUCAAAUAGCAGCCGACGUUACCUCGGUAUCAUGUACAAUCUCCCGGUGAUGACUGUUGUAUGGGUGGCUAAUAGAAACAAGCCUCUCAAUGAUUUAUCUGGAACAUUUCAGAUAUCAUCAGAUGGCAAUCUCGUGAUCUUGGAUGGUCGGAAGGAGAUUGUGUGGUCGACUAAUAUUUCAUCUUCUGUGGCAAAUUCUAGUGCCGUGCUCUUGGAUACAGGGAAUCUGGUUCUGCAAGAUAACUCCAAUGGUGCAUAUGUUUGGGAGAGCUUCGAACAUGCUUGCGAUUCCUGGUUAGAGAAGAUGAAAAUUGUUCCGGAUACGAUAAGGGACGAGGAGAAUGUACUGACAUCAUGGACAAGUCCUGAUGAUCCGGCACCUGGAAGUUUCUCCUUAACUAUAGAGCCUUUCGACGUACCUCAGUCGUUUGUUCGGAAGGAUGGUAAUCCUUGCUGGCGUACUGGUCCGUGGAAUGGUCAGAAAUACACUGGGAUUCCGAACAUGAGCUCACAAUAUGGUUAUGGAGUUAAGGUCGUCAGUGAUUAUCCAGGAACUCCGUAUCAGACACUAAUGCUUGCAAAUUCAUCUGUUUUGGUAUACGUUUUCUUGAACUCUUCAGGGAGAGUAGAGCAGAAGGUGUGGUCUGAUGAGAAGAAAAGAUGGGACGUGACGUGGUCAUCAACAAGUAACGAGUGUGAUGUUUAUGGUAAGUGUGGACCUUUUGGAAGUUGUGAUGCUCAAGACAUGCCGAUAUGUUCCUGUAUUCGGGGCUUCGUGCCUAGAAGCAAAGACGAGUGGGAGGCGGGAAACUGGACGAGUGGAUGCACUAGGAAAACUCGACUACAGUGUGAACAGAACAAUUUUGCUGGUAAUCAAGAUGAGUUUCUAAAGGUGGAGAGAGUGAAGUUGCCGGAUCAUUUCAGAUUGUUUCGCUUAUCUGGAGAAGAAUGCAGGGACUGGUGCUUGAUUGAUUGUUCAUGUAUAGCUUAUGCAUAUCCUCCUGGAAUCGGAUGUCUGCGAUGGACUCAGAACUUAACUGAUACUCAGAAGUUUGCUGAUGGUGGCGAUGACUUGCACAUUCGGUUGGCACAUUCAGAACUAGCAGAUAAGAAGCAAUAUCACAUAGCAAUUAUUGUGGCAGCAGUGACUUUGGGGUUUAUACCUGUUGCUGUAUGUGCAUAUUUUUUGCUGGAAUAUUUGUUAAGUUACAGAGGCUAUUCGGAAGAAAGCACACUCAAACAGGUUAAGCAUGGUGUUAAACUUGAGGAGUUACCUACAUUUAGAUUUAUGAUACUCUCAAAUGCAACAGAAAAUUUUAACCCUGUGAAUAAGCUUGGACAAGGUGGCUUUGGUCUAGUUUACAAAGGGCGAUUACCUAAUGGAGUAGAAAUUGCUGUAAAAAGACUAGCAAGAUCCUCUAACCAAGGGGUGGAGGAGUUCAUGAAUGAGGUUGAGGUGAUUUCAAGGCUUCAACAUCGCAAUCUUGUUAGACUUCUUGGCUGCUGUGUCGAGUCCGAAGAAAAAAUGCUUGUUUAUGAAUAUAUGCCCAAUGGAAGCUUGGACGCUUAUCUCUUUGGUUCACAUACGCAUAAACUUCUUAGUUGGAAAACACGAAAAGUUAUUAUUGAGGGGAUUUGUCGAGGCCUGCUUUACCUACAUCAGGAUUCAAGGUUAAAGAUCAUUCACAGAGAUCUUAAGGCAAGUAAUAUCUUGUUGGAUGAGGCGUUUAGCCCCAAAAUUUCCGAUUUUGGUAUGGCAAGGAUUUUUGGUGGAAAGGAUGACCAAGCUAACACGACAAGAGUUGUUGGGACAUUUGGCUAUAUGCCCCCGGAAUAUGCAUCACGUGGAAUAUUCUCUGAAAAAUUGGACGUGUAUAGCUUCGGGGUCCUACUAUUGGAGAUUGUGAGUGGAAAGAAAAACUCCAGUUUUGAUGAUCAACAACUCUUCCUUACAGCUCAUGCAUGGAAAUUGUGGAAUGAAGGAAAGAUAGUGAACUUGUUGGAUGCAGGCAUAUGGGAUUGUGGAAUGGAAGAUGAUAUUGUUCGAUACGCAAAUGUAGGUCUGUUGUGUGUGCAAGAAAUGGCAGCAGACAGGCCUAACACGUCUACAGUGUUGUCGAUGCUUAGCAGUGAGAUUGCGGAGCUUCCUCGACCAAAGCAGCCAGCGUUUCAUGGGUUGCGUAGCUCUCAAUCCGUAGAGUCAUGUACCAAGAGGUCAAGUAAAGGUUCUGUAAAUGAUGUCUCUAUUUCUAUAGUUGAAGGCAGGUAGAAAUAUGUUUAUUUGAUACAAUUGUUUGCCUCUAUAUAUAUUGUUGUUGCCUUCAAUUCCUAAUAUAUUGAAUUUGUUAAGAUUGGUGGGACAAGUUUUCCUUUUGUAUUGAAUGAAUAAUAUGUUACAGAGACUACAUAUUUAUAGGAUAGGUAUUCUACAUA